UCACACACGGUUAGGUCUUGUGAGACUCUCCGUGUACUACAACUUCGUUGCGACCGGUCGCUCAACCCAGGUUACAUUCUUCAGCAGACUCGGAGUAGAUGGAAAUAUACAUCUCUCACAAAGCUGACGACUGUUCUUGGAAUCAGAGCGCCGAUUCGCAAUCGAAAGUACUUUGAUCAGUUUCAAUCAGUCUGUGACUUUGUGAGACUGGACUUCGACGGAAUGGAUGUUGCCAGCACGUUAUCGAGCCCUCUGCGCCGAUUCAAGCAACGAAGGAAAGCCAGAUGAGACGAUGAGGCAAAACUGCACAUCAUUCAAACCAAUUGCUGCUACAACAAAUCAAUACUUUUGUAACUCUUCCGCCGAGGAUUCGAAUGCUGGCGGUUCAGUCGCUGGCGUUCGGGAGAGUGCGCGGCGCGACCAACAUGUGAGCUGCUUGAGAGGGGGAGGAGCAAUGGCAGUCCAGGCACUGCUCGACUCGGGACGAUGCUGCAAGAAAGAGAUUUUUCCGCGCUACAUGAAUGGGCCAGAUGUCAGGUUGGAUGCUCGUGAAUUCUCCCAUGAUAGCACCUCUCAGCAACUGAGUAAGGAUGAUCACUCAACACGGCAUUCAUCAGCUCUGUUUGCCUUCAACAAGAAGCCCGGCAGAUCCUGUGUCUUGUCGCCAAUUUUGCGUAUCCGACUAUGGCCAGUUCCUCAAGGGUCAGCUCGAUCUUUCCAAUUCUAAGUAUCCAAUAUACAUCGUGCGCGACCAUUAUUCAACACCAUACAUUGAAAUGUUUGUCUCUUUUGCCGAACAAGCGGACGAGUCAGGGCGAU